AUGUCUUGCAGACAUUGGUCAUUGGUCAGUGUUAGUCAUCGUGAACCCGUCAGAGUGCUUUUUGGCUCAAGGGGGUGCUUGGCUACCAGAGCAGUCUCGCUGCGUUCAAAACAGCAGCGGGACUUUAUCUCUUUCGUGCUCUGGUGCAAGCCCUCACAGUAUUUUUUUCAGUCUCCCCUUUUCCCGACUAAACACCUGGGAAGCCUGGGAGUAGUUCAAUCCGACAUGAAGACAGUGGACAGGCUGACUGAUCAAGUGGCAAAGCACUUCGUACGCUGGACAUGCACGUGCUGGCUAAGUUGCCUCCUUCUCAUGUUCCUGAUGGCCGGAUUGGCUGCUGGACUUGGCUUUUUGACGAUCAUGACGAGGGAUGACGUUUGGAUGAUCUUGGAUGGUGAGAUGACGCAGCAUCGACGUGCCUUUUUGGCUGCCGGAGAAGAGGCAACUGCGGGACAGCUACAGGAGGAGGACGAAUCCGACCUCGAGACAGAAAGGGUAUUUUUCUUCUACAAGAGCGGCAUGGGCACUGAGAGCGUGUUGACCCAAGAUAGACUCAAGAACAUUUGUGAGUUGGAGAGGACAAUGGUGGUGAACAACACCAACAUAGAGGAAGUGAGUCAAACGGUCUCAGUCUUGGCCCUUUUUUACGGCACAGCUUCGAACCCAGCGCUGCAGUCGAUUCCAGCAGCCCGCAGCUUGAGCAGCUACGAUUGGAGCUGCCAAGAGUUGACGCAGAGCGCCGUCGAUGAAGUUGUCAACGCCAUGCACACCGACAUGGUGGCGAAGGGGGCAGGGUCUCUUUAUGCGCGGUUUGUUGAUCCCAGCUUCCCAGAGACCAAAGUAUCGGUCUACAGCCAAACUUACUUGCAAUUCAAAGUGAAGCCUGACAAAGCAGAAGGUGUGAUGAACCCAGUCUUCGAAAAACUAGGCUUAUCCUACGCCUUCUUGAAGUCGGCUUUUCAAGGUGAAGAGGACCGUUUUGUGCCAAAUGGCAACAUGCGAGUUCGGCUUUCUUACACUGGCAUCAACGAGAUUCAAAAGAUGGCCACGCCUGACUUCAUGCUUUCCUUCAUCUCCGUGAUCUUGGUGUUUGGUGUCGCGUACAUCCAUACAAAGUCCAGCAUCAUGGCAGCUGCUGCCAUGUUCAUGAUGAUUAUGACACUGCCAAUCGCUGCUCUCUUCUAUCAAGGAGUGUUUCGAAUUCUCUACUUCGAAUUUUUGCACAUCCUUGUGAUUUAUCUGGUUCUUGGCAUUGGUGCCGAUGACAUCUUUGUCUUCAAGGACACUUUUUGCCACAUUGUCAAGGCAGAGUUUCCAUUCUCUCGUGGAGGAAGACUAACCGAAGAACAGGAGGUCAAAGCUCUAUCAUUGACCUUCCAGCGUGCCGGUGUGGCUAUCUUCAACACUUCCUUUACAACAGCCUUGGCAUUUCUGUCAUGCUCCGUGUCAAAGUGCAUGCCAAUGCGAACAUGUGGGUGGUAUGCAGCCGCUUGCAUCGUUACACUCUAUGUGUUGACGUUGACCUACUUCCCACCUGUUUUGCUCUUUUGGCAUCGGCGCUUGCAAUCGAAGCGGUGCUGCUGUCCCAGCUUCGGACAGCGAGAACUUGCUGUUGCUCCAGAGGGAGAGAAGCUGGACAUCAAGGAAUCGCAAGGCUUGGUGGAGAUAUUCUUUGAGAGGGUUUACAUACCAGUCAUGUCGAAGAAGGUGGGUUCAGUACGGAUCUAUGCUCUUGGCUUCUUCUUGAUCAUGCUUGGUGUAGCUGUGCAAGGCGUCAUUUUUGCCUCGCAAUUGACCCCGCCGCGUUCAGAAGAGGUUUGGUUUCCAGGCAAUCACAUGCUCCUCAGCCUCCAAGAGUUUAUGGCCGACAGUUUUUACACUCCAGCAUUCGAGAACUAUGCAGUGAUUACGAUUUUCUUCGGGAUCGCUGGGCUGGAUCGAUCUGGCAUCGAUGUCUAUAAUCCAGGAGCCUACAUUGGGAAGCCUAUCUUUGACAACGGCUUUGAUCUCACAACUAGUGAGGCCCAGGCUGGCUUGCUCAGCAUAUGCUCCAAAGUGAAAGACAUCAAGUGCGAAAUGGAGGGCUGUGAUAAUGAGGGCUACGAUAGUUUCGUCAUGCAGACGACGGAAAGGACAAGCGCUUGCUUUUUGGAAGAUUUCCAGCAGUGGUUGGGUGGACCAUUGCCCGUGGGCAGCAACUUCACAACGCAGCUGGAGGAAUUCCGCAGAACUGCAAACAAAGGUGAUUACUACGGAGAUGUCAUCGGAAAUGCUGUGAACUAUCAGAAGGACAUCGGCUUUGUUGGUGGCGAGUUGAAGUACGUGGCCAUCCACUUCCGCAGCGUCAUGAAGAAGCGACUGCCAUUCUCCAUAGGUACGGCAAUUCGGGAUCACAUCAGGAAAUGGAUAGAUUCAGAACGAGGAGCGCUCCCUGGUAGCUUGCAGAGCGUAAAAUUCCACGGCAACGGCGAGUUUCAGAGGUAUGACAUGGGCGAAGAGCUGAUUAACGGAUUGUUCUCUGGUAUUGCGAUUGCAAUGCCCAUCUCAUUUGUUGUCCUUCUGUGCUCAACGCAGAACAUUGUUGUUGCAAUCUAUGCUGUCCUCAGUGUUGGAGCUAUCGUGCUUUGCGUGCUGGGCUUUUGCAAGAGUGCAAUGGAUUGGGAUCUUGGUGUUGGCGAAGCUAUUGCUGGCGUCAUUGUCAUUGGCUAUUCCGUGGAUUACGUUGUGCACUUGGCGCACAUGUACUGUGAAGGAAAGCAUUUCGGCCACAAUACGCGUGAUGAGAGAGCGACAUUUGCAAUCCGCAACAUGGGCUCCACUAUCUUUGCAGGUGCCAUAACCACGGUGCUCGCUGGUGCAACAAUGUUCAUCUGCUGGUUCUAUUUCUUCAUCAAGAUGGCUCUUCUGAUUUGCGUCACCAUCAUGUACUCCUUUCUUUUCUCGUUGGUUUUCUUCAUGUCCGUCCUGUGGCUAGCAGGACCCGAAAACAAUUUCGGCCACAUUCCAAUGGAUCGCUGGUACACCGUGAUCGACAAAUGGAGAUCUGGAGAGACCAACUCGAAGACGGAUGAUGUGGACAUUAUGAACACCAACCGCAAGGAUACAAACAACUCCCGUGCUGGCAAGACCGAUGAAAACUUGAAGGCGGAG